AAUGCUUAAGUCAGUCAAUCAAACAUUGUGAAGACAGACUAAUCGACAAAAUGCAAAAACCAUUAGUACUUUUUGCUACAUAUUUGGCUUUGGCCUUAGCAGUACCGAUGCCAAAACCCGCUGACGAAAAACCUAACAAAUUCGACUGGGACGUCCGACAACCUGGAAUCCUCGAUCUGAAAACUACAGGUACUUUCUACGACGAUGGGGGUAAACGUCUUGAUGGUUCAGCCACCUAUUCGAAAAAUUUUGUCGACCGUUCCCAGAGCGUUGGUGCUGGUUUAAAUUACCACGAUUACAAUUCAAGACUGGGUGCUGGGCUAAAUGUGCAAGACUUGGAUGGGGCAGGAACUAGAGUUCAAGCAGACCUAACGAAGACACUUCUGAAAGAUCAGUACAGUAAUAUCGAAGGUGGACUGCGAUAUGGACAAACCUUCAACACCCCAUAUGGAAACAGCGAACCGUUCUUCGGGGGCUUUGUCAGAGGAAGAUUUUAAUUUUUGACAAGCUUGAGGGUGAAAAGGCUGCAGCAUGUUAUUAUUAAAUUUCUGUUAUUUAUUUAUUACUAAAUUAGUUUGUUUUUGUAGCGGCAAUUUUAAAAACAUUUUAACAAAACUGUUCAAUAAAGUAAUUAUUUAUAAACA